UCUUGCAGUCGUAUAGUUCGAUCUAAAAUCCAUAUACACAGACUCCUCUCCUCCCCACCGGAUUGAUAAUACUUGAUCGAGCUCAUCUAACGAAACUGUCCCCAGGAUGGACGACGAGGAUCUCGCCAACGUGCUGCGCUCGACCGCCAACGUCGGCCUGCCAGACUUCUACUCGAACAACGACCCGACACCUCAACCUGCCAUUGACGACCCUUUCGCGAACCCGUUUGCCAACCCCUUCGCUUCCGACUCGCCGACUUUCCCCAAGGCUUCUUCUGGGUUCGCUGGGCCGUCGGAUACGCUGCAAGAUGAUAACAGUCCCUAUGUCACCAAGCUGAGGGACGAUGGCGUUGUCGCGGACACGCCCGGGUUUGGAUAUAGUCAAGGUCACGACGGAAAUUACAUUCCAGCUGCGUCCACAUCGGGAUUCAGAGAUGUACCAUGUGGUUUCGAGACGCAGCAGAUGUCUGCUGAUCCUGCGCAGACCCCGUUCGAAGUGCCGGCCUUCCCGACGACACCGUUCGGAACCACAUCUCCUAGUCGAGCCGGUGGGUUCACUUCGUCGCAGGGUGGUGCAUACACUUCGCCAGGACGACAGUUCGAGGACCCGUACGGAAUGCCUCGGUCACCACUCGCUUCGGCACCGACUGCUACCGGGACCACUUCGCCCGCGCGUAUCAGACCAUCGUCUGAUAUCCUCGGCUUGCUAUCAGAGGAGGACCCGUCGAUCUCGUCGUUGAAAAAGGCCUUCAAGGCGAGCGAUAGCAAACAGAACAGUAGCGAAGCCAAGGCUGUCCCGCCGGCUGCACCACACGUCUUCAAGCCGGGGGGUAACGCUUCCCGGAAAAAGGUGGGGAUCAGUUUCGAUAGCGUUCAACGGGAGAGAGAGAAGAAGGAGCGGGAAGAGCGAGCUCGGAUCGAGGCCGAGACCAAGCGCAAGCAGGAGCAGAAAAGGCAAGACAAGGAAAAGUCGGACAAGGAAAGGGCCGAUAAGGAAAAGGCGGACAAGGAGAAGGCGGAACAGGCGAAACCUGAUAUUGCGGGAGAUGCUGAAAAGCAAAGUGAGGGUGAUCAGAGUCGCCUCGAAGAAGCGUCUACAGAUCCGAAGCAAGGGCCCGACAAGGCCGCAGAAGAAACUGUGGAGACUGAAGAAAUAAAGCCGACGCAAGAGGGAGAGUCUGCACCGACUGCUCCUAAUACCGUCCCCUGCGAGAGCAUCCUGGAACAAGCCGCUCGAGACGCUGCCUCGCCUACCCCUGCUGGACCCCACAUCUCUACUAUCGUGGCAGCUCAGAUCUUGGAAUCCGGUCAUCCAGAUCAAGCGUCUCAACAGGUCGCUGAAGGUCUGGCUCACCAUCAGGACGGACAACUCAUCGACGGCGAGGUCAGGCCUGAGCAAGUCGCUUUGCCUCCCAGCGGAAUCACCUCGCCUGUAGUAGCGAGCAGAAGGUCGACGCCCACUCCAGAACGGGAACCGUCGUCGCGAACCGAUCAUGCGGAAACCCAAUCGGUCUUGCCUACCCCUCUCGACGUCAACGCAGGUAUUGAAACACAUUUCCGAGCUCUGGCUCUCGGCGGUUCGAGUCGCAGCGAGAUCGAGACGCCAGAAGCAACCUCAGCAAUAACGGAAUCGUCUUUGCCCAAGAACGCACGAUGGGGGCGUGCUUUUGACGAUACCGAGCCAGCAACACCGACCUCCCGGAUGGAUUCACCGUCGGAACCGCUAGGCUGGACAACCGAGGUAACGCUUCCUCAGCCAACGAUGCCAACGUCUGCGUAUGCUCCGCCAUCACCGCCGACUUGGCAAUUAGGAUCAAGCACUGAUGCUCAGGGGCAACCCUCGGGCGCUUACACGCAACCACCGGACGAAACGUAUGAAGAUCUUCAGGCAAUUCCCGCCGAAGCCUCGGAGUCGGUCAGGUCGCCGACGAGAAAUCGUCUACUGACGCAGCCCGUGUUCACAAUCUCGAUCAGCGAUCCAACCAAGGUUGGAGACCCAGUGAGGGGUUAUAUUGUUUAUACCGUCACGACCCGUACAACCUCUCCUCAUUACAAGAGAGGCGAGUUCUCCGUACUGAGGCGGUUCUCGGAUUUCCUGUGGCUGGUCGAAGCCGUCUCUCACAACAAUCCGGGCGUGGUGGUACCACCGAUGCCAGACAAACAUGCCUUUGGUCGAUUUGAAGAACAGUUCGUAGAGACCCGAAGAUCUGCACUGGAGCGAGCACUGGGCAAGAUGGCGAACCAUCCCGUGCUUAGCUUGGAUCCGGACCUCAAGCUGUUUUUGAGCAGUGACGCGUUUACGAUAGAUGUCAAGCAUCGCCGACAAGAAAUGACACAAGAGAAACAAAGCGUGCUAGCUUCCAUUGGCGGAACCAUAGGAGGCCCGCGAUUUGUCGAACAAGACGAGUGGUUUAUCAAACAAAAGCAGUUGCUCGAUUCGCUAGAAUCACAGAUCAAGAGCCUUGUUAAAGCACUAGAAACAAGUUCCAAACAGCGACUUGACCUUGUCAACGGCUUUGCUGUUCUCUCGGAGGCUCUACAGGCUUUGGCAGAGUCGGAUCUGUCCUUGGCAUUAUCGCAGGUGCUACACCGUUUCUCCCAAUUGAGCGAAGAAGAGCGCUCUCUACAUGAAAAUCAGGCCAAGAUGGAUGUAGUCCGCUUGCUCAACGUUGCAGAUGAGCAGCUGCGAUUGAUAGGCUCGGUUCGGGCUGCCUUUUCCUCCCGGAUACGGUCGUACUUUGCCUGGCAGAAUGCUCAGGGCGAGGCGAGACGUACGAGGGUGCAGUCGGAGCGCGAUCGAGCCAAGAAAGGAGGCAAGUAUGCUCCGCAUGAUCAUAAUGGCGCAGAUGCGCCAGAUAUCGCCCAGUCAGACUUUGACGCGGUAUCACGAUUAGUUAAGCUAGAGUUCAGCCGAUUUGAGCAAGAAAGAAUAGAGGAUCUGAAAUCUACGAUGGAGAAAUACAUAGAUGAAGCUGUUGAAACGCAGCAAAAGCUGGUUCAAGAUUGGGAAGCUUUCCACAAAGAGCUAUCCGGCAUUCUUGCUCAACAUCAGCGUACCAGUUCAUGACCGAGAGGAGCCAACUUCUACUCUGUACUCGCACGGCAUGAUGAUAAUUUCCCAUGCCACCCAGAUACAACUUGAUAGCUUGGCGCUGUAAUGUUCACAUAAUCCUACAUUUGGCAUCCGGUCCUAUUUGAGCAUGCGGAUCUGACCGAGCAAUCUCGAGCUCGUUAUCCUUCUGUUUCC